CAUCUGUAAGACAUCCGAUGAUGGAUGUGAAUGUUCAACAUCUUCACGUGAUGCUGGUUUUUGUCAUCCUUCGUUUGCAUCUGACGCCCCGUGGAAUCUGUUUCUGCAGACAUUAUCAGAGGACCUUCUGAAUCUUGUAUGCAUCAAGUAACUGUGAAAACGUCAUUCAACCAGAGACUCAUUGAUAUGCAGAAGCAGACAAGGAAAGCUAUCACGCAUUGGGACAAGGAUCUACCAGCCAAUGACAAACACACCCUUCAGUCCAACAGAGCCUUUGUGGACGAAUAAUGGUUAUCUGUACUCAGUAUACCCAUUGGAAAUAAAACACUUUGUAUGUGCAUUUCUGAGAUCGUCACAAUUUAAAUUUACAUUUUGUGUUCUGUGUAUAAAGACAGAGGCAUUGACAGAUUUGGGACCAGGCUUGGAACAUUGUUAUUGAUGAAUAUAUUCACGCGGGUACAUCAACGUCUUAUUUACACAUGGUUGUUGGGUAAGUCUUAUCAGACAGCAUCAGCCUCAAUGGAACAUACACAGCUGAAGGGUGCUGACGUUUCUGUGCACAGGAAAGAAGGAACUGAAAAUAUCCAAGAGAAGAUAUGGAUACUGAAUUGCGUAAAUGCGUUUUAAACAUUUCUUGAAUUAUCCCAUAUUGCAACCAUAAACAAUGAAUGUGGGUGAGAAGACAGAGGCUCUGACGUUUGACGCAGACCGGCGUUCGCCAAAGUAUAGACUGAAAGAUCUGUGGAUCGAAUUCAGAGAUUCUACAGGCCUUCAUGGUGUUGAUAAGAUUAAACCUCCUUCAGUCAACCCCUUUAGCAUCCGAGGGUCGAUUUGGAUGAUAGCAUUGUGUUCAACUACGGCCUUCCUCGUGUAUAACCUUGUCGAUCAGAUUGGAGACUACUACAGCUAUCCCACCAUCACCAAGUUCACACCCAGAAUGGUGCCCUUCAUCGACUUCCCCGCCGUCACCAUCUGCAACAGAUGCACCCUCAACAAAACCCGUCUUGACGUUUAUCCAGAAAUGGAGACCUAUUUCUUCAACAGAUCUUUGGGAUUGGUGAAUGAAAGCUUAGUUCCUGUUUCGGAUGUAUUUCAGAAACAAUUGUCUUUAGAAUGGUGGAGGAAUAUGUCUAUGGAUGGAGCCGAAAUGCUGAUGUCAUGUGUCUUUGGUGGUGUACAGUUUGAUUGCAUGAGCAAGUUCCGACCUAUUUUCACGUCUGAGGGAUUGUGCCAUACCUUCAACUUCAAUGACAGCGAAAUUGCCCGAGUGAAGAAGGCGGGUGACUCCAAGAACCUCAUGGUCUUGCUGAAUAUCAAUCAGAACCAUUACACAUUUACAGCAAACAUGGCAGCAGGGAUUAGGGUAUUUCUCCAUAAUCCAUCUGUCCACCCAGACGCUGGCUCCACCAUUGUGAUGGCGGCAUCCGGCUUCUCCACAUAUGUCUCCAUGCAGAAAUAUGAGUAUAUCUACCAACCACUUCCCUACAUGGCGUUUGGUCACUCGGACUGUGUGGACACAACUAGUCCCGAGUUUGUGAAUCCUCUCAAGUACUACUCCCCUUACACCUUUAACCAUUGCGUCAUGGAGUGUGUUCAGACCAAGGCCUUCGACCAGUGUGGAUGUGUCGGACCUUCUGAUCCACGGGGUGGUCCUUUGUGUUCGUUGACGAAAGAGGGUAGUUGUUACAAGAUCAUUCUUGAUGCAGAGUCCAGCAAAGCUAACUUCCUGGAGGAAUGUGGAUGUGUCGGCGAGUGCAGGUUUGACAGUUACACUGCCCAGGUGUCCUCUAGCUCAUUCCCAGCAAAGGUCUGGGUCAACCACCUCCUGAAGACCAGAGGGGCACAGGACAAAGAAGCCAUGACAGAGAACUUCGUGGUGCUGAGAGUGUUCUACGACCAGAUGAUGGUGACAACCAUCACACAGCAACCUCAAUACACGGCGGCCUCGCUGUUUUCCAAUAUCGGGGGUCAGAUGGGCCUGUGUCUCGGAGCCAGCAUGCUGACAGUCGCAGAGAUCGCGGAAUUCCUGGUGUUCAUCACCCUCUUCCUCUUGGACAAAUGUAGAGGAAGAAAAGCUCGUAAUAGAAUCAGCAACUGGUAGACGAUUUGAUGGCAA